UGUGACAAGAAGCAUCACAACAACCUGCAAUAACAGGACAACAAUCACCUACCAGAACGCUGUGCAGAAGAGUAUAUAGGUAGCCAAAGACGUGGCCCGUUGUGAAGGAAUGACCUCAGAACCAACACUCGUCAAAGAACCUUGAUUCCUACAGACAAGAAAAGAAAAAAAAAACAUUCACCUAAGUCUCAACUCAACAGAUAGACUGCCUACCUAAGCUAUCUAUCUACAUCAGACUUCCCCCUCUUUUUUUUCCACCGAGAAGCAAUGGUUCGUGCCGAGGCUCCCAAGCUCCGACCUAUCCUGAAGCCGAUCUCUGUCGGGGCGGGCUCUUCGCCUCCGCCAACGCCGUCGCCUCUGCGGGUGAUAUUCGCGGCGGUGGCGCGGGACGCGCAGACGGGGGCCGCGGUGCCGCCGAGCCCGCGGACGCGCGAGCAGUUCUACACGUCGGUGAAGGAGCGGCAGAAGGAGAAGAGGCGCGAGAGGCGGGCCGAGCGGAUCGAGGAGAUCAGGGCGGAGCUCGAGGCUAAGAAGGAGAAGAAGAAACAGCAGCAGGAGAAAGAUGAGGAGGAAGAAAGAGAAAAAGAAAAAAAAGAGAGGAAGAAGAUGAUCAUGAAGAUGAAGAUGAAAAAGCAGGAGGAGGAGAAGGAGGCGGAAAAGUUGAUGAUGAUGAUGAUGAAAAAGAGAGAAGAGAAGCUGAAGAAGAAAGAAGAUGAGUGGAGGAAGAAGAAAAUGGAGGAGCGGGAGGUCGCGAGGAAGUUCGCGGAGCUGGAGAAGCUCAUGCGCGAGGCGCACGCCCGGGCGCGCAAGUUCGACAGGAUCGUGGGGUUCGGCCUCAACGAGGGCUGGUACUCGAAUAUGAUCGAGUGCAUGCGGGCCGUCUAUUGCCAGGGAGAAUGGAUGGCCUGCUGCGCUUGGAUGGUAUUCCGGUCUGGUAAGCCCCGACCCGUCGGCGGUUUGCUUGUACCUACCUAGACCCGAGAGAUCGAGAGAUCGAUUGAGCGCUCCUUGGCUCUUGUUGUUGUUGAUGAUUAUGACGAUGAUGCGUUCUGCUGCUCUCGCGCGGAAAAAGAAAGUUUUCUUCUUUCUGCUUUCUGCUUUUAAGGAGUUCAGAAUGUUAUGUUAUGGUACACACUUACGAGAUAUGACAUGUUUACUGUUUAUGCGCUUGUUUAACUAUUUACCUACCUAAUUACUUGUUUUAGAUAUGUACAUGUUUAUAUACACGUUUAGUCUUGAAUAUCCUACUCUCCACCUUUUUAUCGUCGCCUCUAGUUUGACCGAGCAGCUCCUCGAUGUAUGUACAUAAUAAUGUAUGUCAUGGGAUGUUAAACUCGCUACGUCUCGGGGACGACUAUAUUGAUAAUUUAGAUAUAUUCGCGACCAUGGCAGCUAUAUCUUCGUCUUUGCGAAUCGUCACCUCCCUC